CGCCGCCAUCUUGGACCGGGCCCGGUCAGCUUCCGCGGAGCCAUCGGCAGACGCCGCGGCCUCCCUUGAGCCCCGACCCCGUCGUCAGAACAACCCCGGGCCCACUUCCCCCCACCCCACUUCCGCUUCGCGCCGCUAUCGCGAUAGCGCCCGGGCCCGGGGCGCGAGAAAAAGGCGGCGGGCGCUCGCCUCCCCCGCCUGUCGCGAUAAGCUCCUCAGCGGCGGCGCCAGCUCCUGUGCAGCGUCUGUCUCCAAGAGAGUAUGAAGAGAGUGCGUCUGUAGGGCAGGGAAGAUGGCGGACAAGCGCAAACUCCAAGGUGAGAUUGAUCGCUGCCUCAAGAAGGUGUCCGAGGGCGUGGAGCAGUUUGAAGAUAUUUGGCAGAAGCUCCACAAUGCAGCCAACGCGAACCAGAAAGAAAAGUAUGAGGCUGACCUAAAGAAGGAGAUUAAGAAGCUUCAACGGCUGAGGGACCAGAUCAAGACAUGGGUAGCGUCCAAUGAGAUCAAGGACAAGAGGCAGCUCAUAGACAACCGCAAGCUCAUUGAGACGCAAAUGGAACGGUUCAAAGUUGUGGAGCGAGAGACCAAGACCAAAGCCUACAGCAAGGAGGGCCUGGGCCUGGCACAGAAGGUGGACCCUGCCCAGAAGGAGAAGGAGGAGGUCGGCCAGUGGCUCACGAAUACCAUCGACACCCUAAACAUGCAGGUGGACCAGUUUGAGAGUGAAGUGGAGUCACUGUCAGUGCAGACACGCAAGAAGAAGGGCGACAAGGAUCAGAAGCAGGACCGGAUCGAGGGCCUGAAGCGGCACAUCGAGAAGCACCGCUACCACGUGCGCAUGCUGGAGACCAUCCUGCGCAUGCUGGACAACGACUCCAUCCUCGUCGACGCCAUCCGCAAGAUCAAGGACGACGUCGAGUACUACGUCGACUCGUCCCAGGACCCCGACUUCGAGGAGAACGAGUUCCUCUACGACGACCUGGACCUCGAGGACAUUCCACAGGCGCUGGUCGCCACCUCCCCCCCCAGCCACAGUCACAUGGAGGAUGAGAUCUUCAACCAGUCCAGCAGCACGCCCACCUCGACCACCUCUAGCUCUCCCAUCCCGCCCAGCCCGGCCAACUGCACCACGGAAAAUUCUGAAGAUGACAAGAAGAGGGGACGCUCGACAGAUAGUGAAGUCAGCCAGUCUCCAGCCAAAAACGGCUCCAAGCCUGUCCACAGCAACCAGCACCCUCAGUCCCCAGCUGUGCCACCCAGCUACUCCUCUGGCCCCCCGCCUGCCACCUCAGCCCUGAGCACCACCCCUGGCAACAAUGGGGCCCCCGCCCCGGCAGCGCCCCCAAGUGCCCUGGGCUCCAAGGCCAGCCCAGCUCCCAGCCACAACUCGGGCACCCCCGCCCCCUAUGCCCAGGCGGUAGCCCCGCCAGCCCCCAGUGGGCCCAGCACCGCCCAGCCCCGGCCCCCCAGUGUCCAGCCUGGUGGGGGAGGCGGAGGCAGCGGUGGAGGCAGCGGAGGAGGCAGCAGCAGUAGUAGCAGCAGUGGAGGUGGAGGCACGGGCAAGCAGAAUGGCACCACCAGUUACAGCUCGGUAGUGGCAGACAGCCCGGCAGAAGUGGCUCUCAGCAGCAGUGGGGGCAACAACGCGAGCAGCCAGGCUCUGGGCCCCCCAUCUGGCCCUCACAACCCACCUCCCAGCACCUCGAAGGAACCUAGUGCGGCAGCCCCGACAGGCGCUGGGGGCGUGGCCCCAGGCUCAGGGAACAAUGCUGGGGGACCCAGCCUCCUGGUGCCACUACCUGUGAACCCUCCCAGCUCCCCAACGCCCAGCUUCGGCGAGGCCAAGGCAGCCGGUGCCCUGCUCAACGGACCUCCGCAGUUCAGCACUGCCCCGGAGAUCAAGGCCCCUGAGCCUCUGAGCUCUCUGAAGUCCAUGGCAGAGCGGGCAGCCAUCAGCUCUGGCAUCGAGGACCCCGUGCCGACGCUGCACCUGACUGAGCGAGACAUCAUCCUGAGCAGCACGUCGGCUCCCCCAGCCUCAGCCCAGCCGCCCCUACAGCUGUCAGAGGUGAACAUCCCGCUGUCGCUGGGUGUGUGUCCACUGGGGCCUGUGCCCCUCACCAAGGAGCAGCUUUACCAGCAGGCCAUGGAAGAGGCCGCCUGGCACCACAUGCCCCACCCCUCAGACUCCGAGCGUAUCCGGCAGUACCUCCCCAGGAACCCCUGCCCGACGCCCCCCUACCACCACCAGAUGCCACCCCCACACUCGGACACCGUGGAGUUCUACCAGCGCCUGUCGACUGAGACGCUCUUCUUCAUCUUCUACUAUCUGGAGGGCACUAAGGCGCAGUACCUGGCAGCCAAGGCCCUAAAGAAGCAGUCGUGGCGAUUCCACACCAAGUACAUGAUGUGGUUCCAGAGGCACGAGGAGCCCAAGACCAUCACCGAUGAGUUCGAGCAGGGCACCUACAUCUACUUUGACUACGAGAAGUGGGGCCAGCGGAAGAAGGAAGGCUUCACCUUUGAGUACCGCUACCUGGAGGACCGGGACCUCCAGUGACACCGGCCCCUCCCUCCACCCUCCCCUCCCCCCGCAUGCUGAUCCCCCUGCCCAGGUGAAGGCCCUGCCCUGGAAGACUUGGGGGAGGCCCCAGGCCAUGGGGCAGCCUCCUCCCCCAGGAAGCAGGGAGGGGGCUGGGAGGUUUUGUCUUCCUCCCAGCCCCGCCCUGGGGGCCCGGGGGCGAGGGCUGCCCCCUCCUCCCCUCCCCAGUGAGGGACAUUUUUUGGUAAACCUAUUUUCAUUUUGGAAAAUAUUUAUGAAUAAAUAGUUUUAUAUGA